UCGAAUCUGAGAUUUCUCUGCUCUCUCAAAGUCUCGUGGAGGGUAAGAUUCAACACUAGUUACUCAUAAUUGAGUUUUGUAUUGGAUCGAAGGGAGGGAGGAUGUUUCGAGUUUCUGUUGACUCUGUAAUUGAAUUGAAUUUCUCACUUGGAACCAGUACAACACCUCCAUAAUGGGUAAACUAUCAUCAUCAUCAUACCACCUCUCUCUUUUUUGGUCAUAAUGCUAGGUUUGAUUUCUAAUCAAUUCAACAUACCCCUCAAAAUAGGAGGAAUUGAACAAUUGCCACUUUCCUCGAUGACCAGGUCCUUGCUCCACCUAUUUUCUUACUAAUAAUACCACAAAAAAACAUGGAUGACAACUUAAUUCAUCCUUAUUCUCAAUUUUGUUUUUUCUUCUUUACUGUUGGAGAAAUUGCAAGGAAAACCCACCCCCUCUAAAGAUAGAGGAUUAUGCAAUUAAUGAAUAAAAACCAAAAAUGACAUUUUUCAGUUCACUGUUUUCAUCUCUAGACUAGACUAGGAUCACUGCUUAUGGGCACUCAACCUCCUACAAAAAGGGAUAGGGUAGGGCUCUUGAUUUCUGUUUCAUGUCACACUCAUCCAUUCGUCAUCUUUCUUUCUUUAUCCUUACAUACAUAUCCAUCUGCAUCACAGUAUUAGUCUUUUUGUAAUCUCAUUGCAUUAUUAGUCUUUUUGUAAGUUUGAGUAGUUUUGAGAGAAAUAAGAAAUGGAUGAGCAGAAGCAAAUAGUGCUGGUUGGAAUGGAUUUUGAUGCAGAGACAAAGGAUGAGAGGAAUUUGGAAACAAUCAAACAAGAGCAAUGGGUGAAUGAUUCGUCCGUGGAUCAUAAGGGAAGGCGCCCUCUUAGAGCCUCUACUGGUGUUUGGAAAGCCGCUCUUUUUAUCAUUGCAAUUGAGUUUGGUGAAAGGUUAAGUUACUUUGUGAUUUCAACAAAUCUCAUCGUGUAUCUCACCAAAGUGGUUCAUCAAGAUCUCAAGACAGCAGCUAAAAACGUCAACUAUUGGUCCGGAGUAACCACCAUGAUGCCUCUCCUUGGUGGGUUUCUAGCCGAUGCUUACUUUGGCAGGUUCUCCAUGGUUCUAAUUUCAUCAACAAUCUAUGUCUUGGGUUUAAUACUGCUGACAAUGUCAGAGCUCAUCCCUGGCCUAAAGCCUUGUGACGUUGUCAUGAAUGGUAGCAGUAAAACUACAAUGUGCCAGCAUAGAUCACCGAAGGUUCAUGAGGUGGUCUUCUUCAUUGCAAUCUACUUGAUCUCUAUAGGUACAGGUGGUCACAAGCCGUCAUUGGAAAGUUUCGGAGCAGAUCAAUUUGAUGAAAAUCAUGCACAAGAGAGGAAGAAGAAGAUGUCUUACUUCAACUGGUGGAAUUUUGGUCUCUGUAGUGGACUAAUCCUAGGUGUCACCGUGGUAGCUCACAUCCAACAGAAAAUUAGCUGGGCCGCUGGUGAUAUUAUUAUCACUGUUGUUAUGAUUGCCACCAUCGCGGUGUUCUGUGCUGGGAGGCCAUUUUACCGGUACAGAAAAUCCAAGCAGGGGAGUCCCCUGACCCCAAUGAUUCAGGUUAUAGUAGCUGCCAUCAGCAAGAAAAAUCUUCCUUAUCCUUCAAAUCCUGCCCAGUUAUAUGACGAGAUAAACCAUCCAACACCUCUACCACAGACUGACAAGUUCAGAUUUCUCGACAAAGCUGCAAUAGUUGAAGAGAGCAUUAAGGAAGAAAUUCAGAAAGCUGUACCAACGAUUUCAACCCAAAGAAAGAUCCAUAGAAAUCCCUGGAGACUAGCAACAGUUACGAGCGUAGAGGAACUGAAGCUUCUUCUAAACAUGAUUCCCAUUUGGUUGACAACAUUGACAUUUGGCAUAUGUUUAGCACAGGCAACAACAUUCUUCAUCAAGCAAGGUACCCAUAUGAACCGGAAGAUUGGCAGUAGAGGAUUCGAGCUGCCACCAGCAUCAACCUAUUGUCUGGCAGCCAUUGGAAUGAUACUCUCCAUAUGUUUCUACGACAGGAUUCUAGUACCCAGGCUGAGAAAAGCCACGGGGAAUGAGAGAGGUAUCAAUAUCCUGCCAAGGAUAGGUAUUGGCAUGGUGAUGACUAUGUUGGCAAUGGUAAUUGCGGCUUUGGUGGAAAGGAAAAGGUUAUCUGUUACACAUAGUUCGUCAGGAAAGACAUUGAUGAGUGUGUUCUGGUUAGCACCUCAGUUCUUGGUAUUUGGUAUUGGAGAUGGUUUUGCUCUAGUAGGUCUGCAAGAAUACUUCUACAGCCAAUCACCAGAGAGCAUGAGAAGCUUGGGCAUUGCGUUGUAUCUCAGUGUGCUUGGAGUUGCAGAUUUUCUCAGCAGUAUACUUAUAACAGUUGUCGAUCAAUUAAGCGGAAUGAAUGGAAGGAGUAGCUGGUUUGGAAAGGACAUGAAUGAGAGUAGAAUAGAUAACUUCUACUGGCUAUUGGCAGGUAUGAACGGUAUGAAUUUGAUUGUGUACACAUUGUUGGCCAGGAAGUAUACUUACAAGAACAGCAUCAAAAACAAGAUCAACAAUACUAGUAGUAACGAUAAUGUCUAAGAGUACUGCCAUUUGUUUCCAUGUAAUGGCAUAUAUUGGCUGCAGCAGGUAGUAGGUUAUAACUUUAUAUUUCAGAUAUUUCCGCCGAGGGUUCUCUUGAUAUUGGUAGUAGGUAAGCUUGGCUUCUCAUAUCAUUUCUUGUGGAGUGUUGCAAGAUUUGGUUAGAUUGAGAAAAUGAAGUUAUUUUCUGACUGCAGGCAUAGGCUUCUUCAACCUCAGCUCUUUAAAUAUUAUUACAGCGAUAGAAAGACUGGAUAAGAGAGAAAUUUCUGUUUGAUUUAGCCGGUGCAACAAUUAGAAGUAGUCAUUUUGGUUGCACUUGGUGCAUUUGCAAUUUUUCUGACAUUUUAAAAGCUUUGUACAAAAUUCUACCUUCUUACUUAUAUUUAUCUAUCAACUGAAUUGUAUUUCUGGUGACUUAUUUGCUUUUAACUUUAA